AUGACGAUAUCAGCUACAUUUGGACAAGAAGAUGAGCAGAGUGGAAUGACAGCUUUUGAAUCAAUUCGAAGAUUGAAGGAGUGUAUUGAUUUGAUUGAUAAGCCGGAGUUCAAGAAAAUGUGUGAAGGAAAAUUAGGAAAAGAAAAGGAUGAAUGUGUGGAAAAGUUUACAAAGAAAAUGAUGCCCAAACUGAAUGCGUGCAUCGAGCGAAGCCGUCGACCCCGGACGAUUCCUCUUCCCCACACAGAAGAAUUAUAG